GUUAGCUUCAAAAUCUGGUGUAGAACGAUAUUCAGUAGUUUCUGAUUCAUGUGCAUUUGUUACCGUUUUCCAACUAUGCAGAUCUUUGCGAAAAGUAGUAAAAUGCCAUGAUUCGUUAUGUCGAAUAUCUGAAGGAUAUACACGACAAGUUAACAAUCUUGACAAAGGUAUCUUGUGUCCGCAUCUGAAAGUUUUUAGGGAGCAUUUUUAUCUCAUUCAAAACACAAAUGAGUGGAUUAGCAAUGACCAAGAUGAAUUUACCCUUGUUGACGAGUCGGAAGAUAAAAUGCAACUACCAAAAGAAAGUGGGAGGAUCUGAAUCUUUUUUAAAUGGUGUUACUGAAUUCUACCAUAAAAUUAAUAUGUACACUGACCGUGAAGUAGUUGAGUGUGAUGUUUAUUUGCGCAAAUGUUUAUCCAAUAAUUGCACUGCUUAUUGGGAUGGAUGGGAAGACUCUGUUUUUUGUUUGUCUAAAUCUACUUGUGCUGGUUACGAAUUAGGCUGGGAGUUUGUUGAUUUUGUUUUAUGCAAAGGAACAUUUAGUGGUUUUGUUAAUUUAUAUGUUAACAAAUAUAAGCGUAGAAAUACAUCUUUAAUGCCAUUUAUGUCAACUCAGACAUUUAUAGAUUGGUUUUUUGCUUGGGCCUCCCACAUGCAUAUUGAUUUUAGACAAAAAUGUCAGAUGUGUCCAGAAGAUCAACUUAUAUCAGUUCUAGCUUGCGAUGCAACUAAAAUUGGGAUUAAUUUUAAAAAUUCUUUCGUAAAACCUAUUGAAUCAGCUGAACUUAAUGAACUUGUUGAAACACCAUCGCGGCGACUUGAUAGGUCAUUUAUAUAUAAUUCCGAAUUAUCUGAUCCCAAACAAUUUUCAGAUGCUAGAACACAUCUUAAAAAUAUCUGCCUUCUUAUUCUCUCUGUUGAAAAUUCAGAUGAGAUAAGAUUUGAUGCAGAUACUUUAAAACUAAACUAUAUACUUGUGGAUUAUAUUCCUGCUGAAUGUAUACCAUCAUUUCAGCUGAUGGUUUCAGAAUCUCCCGUGCCGCAUCUUUUGCGAUGGUCUUAUGCCAAAGUUUUUAAAAUCCUUUCUGCUGAUAGCUCACUUGAUACUUUAAUUCCAUUACGCUUCACUGAUGAAAUACUUUCUAUAUGUGAACAACUUCUAUCUAAUGUAGAUUGUUGUGAACUUUCAGUAAAGUUUUGUUAUCUUCUGAGAUGUUUUUCGCCUGAACUUGCUAGAUUAGUGGAAAUAUCCUCAAGCUACAACAAUACACCUUCUGGAGAUAUUGUUUUAUUGAUCCAAUACUGUAGUAAUUUUGUUAAAAAAAUUCAUUUAGUUGAUGUUCCACCAAAAAAAGCAGAAGUUAUUGAAGGGACCUAUAACCCACCAAGAUUUGGAAGAGCCUACUAUUUUGAAAAACAUGGAUCUCAAAUAAGAAAAAUGAGAAUGUUUUCUGCUGAUAAAAGUGCUAACAAUAACUUAUUUGAUGAUGUUCCUUCCGAAAUUUGUAACAAAGUGUUUCCUCAGGUCUCUAAAAAAGGUGUAUCUUUUCUUUUUUUAUGGUUUUGUCCUAUGCAUGGUCAUUGUUAUGGUUUCCAUAUAAUUCCGGGUUCAGAGGGAAGAAAAGAUCCACAUGCUUCUUUAUACACUCAUCUUGAAGUAGCUCCCGAAAAUAUUGUUUAUGAUUUUGCAUGCAGUCUAUCUGAAUUUUGCCACAACCGGGAAUCAGGAUAUUAUAAAAAUACGUCGUUUUUCCAUGACGUAUUUCAUGGUUAUACACAUAAAUGUGCUGAUGUUUUUCGAUGCAAUCGCUUAGGUUAUUUUUAUCCAAUAAAUACUUCUAUAUGCGAACAGUUCAAUAGCUUUUUGCAAAAUAUUAAGUCUUCAGCUAGUUAGUUUCAGCAUGACACAAACUCACUUUUGCUUUUAUCUUCAGUUUUUCAUACAUAUUUGGAAUCAAAGGAAAAAAAACCUCUUUGAAAAACAGUUGAUUGUGUCUGAGAACACUAUCCAUUAAUUAUUAUUAUUAUUAUACUGUUAUACUGUGUGUAUAUAUAUAUAUAUAUAU